UAUAUCCCCGGUAAUUUUCAAAAACAACAAAAGUACUUAACGGUGAAAAGUACCACCAACGAACUCAAAAUGUCGGGUUGUUGCGUUUACGGCUGUUCGAACCGGUUUUGGCCGGACGGGAUAAAAGUUUAACGCAUCCGGGGGGAAACCGGCCGCUCCAGAGCCCUCGGAGGAGGCUGUGGUUUCAGCCUAUCAAUCGGGUGGAUUGGACCGAGAAAACCACGAGGAAAGCUCGGGUCUGUGGGACCCAUUUAAUAUCAGGGGACGCAUCACUGGACUGCCAAAAUACAGAUUUUGUGCCUUCUGUAUUUAUGUCCACUCAACACAUUUAGAGAUGUGGAGCAAAGAUGAAAGGGAACCAGAGGAAAAGGGGGAAAGAUAAUAUAUUGCACAAGUCACCAGAUCAACCCAGUUUUUGCAGUGACACCAACAUAGAGCAUGGUCCCGACGUCCAUCAGCUGACUGGGAUCAAAGAGGAGGAGAACUGGAGUCCCAGACCAGACCAGGAGGACCAGAAGUCUCCACAGAUUAAAGAGGAAAAGGAGGAGAAAAAGAUCACUGAGUUAAUAUUCAAACCAGUUCCUGUGAAAAGUGAAGAUGAGGAAGAGAAACCUCAGCUCUCAGAGCUUCAUCACAGCCAAACCAAGAAAAACGGAGACUUUUCUGAACCAAAUGGCGAAGAUAAAACUUCUGAUUCUUGUUCAGAGUCCUCGGAGACGGAUAUCAGUGAUGGAAACUGGGAGGAGAGCAGUGAAGCUCAGGCAGAUUUGUGGUCUGUAACCAAUAACACAGAUCCAGUUUGUGAGAAAGGUAAAAAGUUACACCGCUGCUCUGAAUGUAGUAAAAUAUUUAGCUGUAGACAGCAUUUGUUAGAACACAACAGGAUCCACACUGGAGAAAAACCAUUUAGUUGCUCUGUCUGUGACAAAACCUUUACACGGAAAAAGUCUUUGACACUGCACAUGAGGAGGCACAAUGACAAAAAACCUUUCGGCUGCUCUGUUUGUGGUAAAACUUUUGCUUCUAAAGCAAACUUUAAAAAUCAUGCAAAAGUCCACACUAUGCAUAGACCUUUCAAAUGUCUGACUUGUAAUGCAGCUUUUAAAUGGAAAAGCAAUUUAAAAGAACAUACGAGAAUCCACACUGGAGAGAAACGUUAUAGCUGCUCUGUCUGUGGCCAAACCUUUACAUGGAGAGGAUCUUGUAUACAACACCUGCAGAAGCACAGCGAAGAAAAACUUUUCAGAUGUUCUGUUUGUAAAAAAACCUUUACACGGAAGCGAUCUUUGACACUGCACAUGAGGAGGCACAAUGACGAAAAACCUUUCAGCUGCUCUGUUUGUGGAAAAACUUUUGCUUCUAAAGGAAACUGUAAUGAUCACGCAAAAGUCCACAAUCUGCACAGGCCUUUCAAAUGUCAGACUUGUAACUCGGCUUUUAAAAGGAAGAGCAAUUUAAUACAACAUAUGACUAUCCACACUGUAGAGAAACUUUACAGUUGUUCUAUCUGUGACCAAACCUUUAGAUGGAGACAAUCUUUGACAAACCACAUGAAGAAGCAUAGAGAAGAAAAACUUUUCACAUGCUCUGCUUGUGAUGAAACUUUUAUUUCAAAAGCUAAUCUAAAAAAGCACACAAAAAUACACAAAGAGAAAACUUUAGAUUUUUUAAAGUCAUCAGAGAAAGAUGGCAGUGAUAAAAACUGGGGGGAUAGCAGUGAACCUCAGUCAGCUUUGGAGUCUGGGAAGAAUAACACAGAUCCAGUGUAUAAGAAAGGUAGAAAGUUAAAUUGCUGCUCUAAGUGCAAUAAAACAUUUAGUUGUAGACAAUAUUUGUUAAAACACAACAUAAUCCACACGGGAGAAAAACCAUUUAGUUGCUCCAACUGUGACAAAACCUUUACAUGGAAAUCAUCUUUGACACUGCACAUGAAGAAGCAUAAUAGUGAAGAAAAACUUUUCAGAUGCUCCGUUUGUGAUGAAACAUUUACACGGAAACUAUCUUUGACACUGCACAUGAGGAUGCACAGUGAAGAGAAAAAGAUUGAAGAGAAACCUUCCGGCUGCUCCGUAUGUAGUAAAACUUUUAUUUCUAAAGCAAACUUUAAAAAUCACACAAAAGUCCACACUCUACAUAGGCCUUUCAAAUGUCUAGUCUGUUAUGCAGCUUUUAAAAGGAAGAGCAAUUUAGUAGAACAUAUGAGAAUCCACACUGGAGAGAAACGUUACAGCUGUUCUGUCUGUGACCAAACCUUUACAUGGAGAAAUUGUUUGAUACGACACAUGAAGAAGCACAGAGAAGAAAAACAUUUCAGAUGCUGUGCUUGUGAUGAAACCUUUAUUUCAAAAGCUAAUUUGAAAAAGCACACAAAAAUACACAAUGAGAAAACUUUUGAUUUUUUAAAGUUGUCAGAGAAAGAUGGCAGUGAUGAAAACUGUGGGGAGAGCACUGAACCUCAGUCAGCUUUGGAGUCUGGGAAGAAUAACACAGAUCCAGUGUAUAAGAAAGGGAAAGGUAAAAAGUUGCACUGUUGCUUUAAGUGUAAGAAAAUGUUCAGCUGUUUAUUAUAUUUGGUAGAACACGACAGGAUCCACACUGGAGAACAACCAUUUAGUUGCUCUGUCUGUGACAAAACAUUUACAUGGAAAAAGUCUUUGACACUGCACAUGAGGACGCACAAUGACGAAAAACCUUUCAGCUGCUCUGUUUGUGGUAAAACUUUUACUUCUAAAGGAAACUGUAACGAUCACGCAAAAGUCCACAAUCUGCAUAGACCUUUCAAAUGUCAGACUUGUAAGUCGGCUUUUAAAAGGAAGAGCAAUUUAAUACAACAUAUGAGAAUCCACACUGGAGAGAAACGCUACAGCUGUUCUAUCUGUGACCAAACCUUUACAUGGAGACAAUCUUUGACACGACACCUGAAGAAGCACAGUGAAGAAAAACCUUUCAGAUGCUCUACUUAUGACAAAACCUUUAUUUCAAAAGCUAAUUUUAAAAAGCACACAAAAAUGUACUUAGAGAAAACUUUUGAUUCUUUAAUGUCCUCAGAGAAAAAUGGCAGUGAUGAAAACUGGGAGGAGAGCAGUGGUUUGCAUAAAAUUCAACAUAAUUAGGUCCAGUUAAAAUCAAGAUAAUCACAACCAGAGCACCUUCUUUACAAGAGUUGUACAAUAACAAGGUGUCUUCAGUUGAGAUUUAUUAUAUCAAUCCCAGACCUUUUUAUUACCGCAGAGGUAUUGUUUUUCUUCAAUAUGCUGGUGAGUUUUUUUUUUUACUCUGUGGUAUUAUUUUUAUGCUUGUGUUACUGUAUUUCGAGCUGUGUUCUCUAACUAGAAUUUGUGUAAGCUUCUGCUUUGUGUGCAAAGGGCUGAAUAAAUGAAAUGUGCAAACAUCA